CAUGCCUAUGUCCCCCUCCCUACCUCCCUCCGUAGUGUGUAGCCUUAUCUCUGUGAUGGGUGGCCCCACCACUGAGUGGCCGUCACUCUCAAUAGUGUCGCGACCGAGCCAACUGGUUCGCCAUAUUAGAUACGACAUCAAACGCAGGCCGUAAUGUAAAUUCCAGUUAUUUCUCUCUAGUGUGCUGACUCAGACCCCACUUAACUCCUUUGCACGAGUUGUAAUUGAUGAUCCAUUCCCCUUGGUCUCUUGUUCUCUCUCUCCAUCACGCAGGAGUUUGAAAAGCAACAAGGUCGGUUGGACAAGCUGGAAAGGAAACAAUCCACGACCAGUUAUCCUUCCCAGAACUCUUCACUUGCAGGGAUGCAGGCCAAACUAGAGCUGACUCAUCGCAGUCUGUCCUCUUCACGCGCCGACUACGACCGCAUUCACCAGCGGAUGAUGCAAGAGCUUCCGCAAGUGUUGGACGGAAGAGUCAGCUACUUUGAGCACUGUCUUCAGGCCGCCAUCGAGGCUCGGGUACUGUACUACCGUGACUGUGUCCAGUCCCUUAGCUGGUGUGUGGAGCAGCUCACUGGCACAUCGGGCGUCGCCGAGGACCACGAACUGCAGACCACGUCCGACAAACUCCUGGACGAGAUCAGAGCUCUAUCUAUAGUCGGAGGCUCCGCCGGCAACGUCACAUGACACACACAGACACAAUGUCUUAUAAUCUUUCCGAUUUUCAUCACAAGUCUUUAGCAUAAUAGUCGUGUUUCGACUAUACCUCUGAUACAUGUGUUAUACCCGCUGGACAUCUUUACUAUGUACAUGUGAUCUCCAACUGUGUAUAUUGUGAGUAUGCUAACAGCAUCUC